GACAAGAAGUUGGACGGGAGCGCAGGUGUCAAACGCAAGAUCGCUCACUUUGGCCCGCUCAAAGCAAAUGACCUGUGUUGACUUGAUGCUCCAUAGAUUUUUUUGAAAAAAUGAUUAUUGACAUUUUGGCAGAAAAUCUGAACCACAAUUGAAACUUUUAUCAGAUAUUACGAGCAUCUUUCUUUUCUACCAUGGACACUGCUAAUGAAGUUUGAAUGUUGAAAGUGUGUGGGAGAGGUGAAAGAAACUAGGACUUGUUUUGGAUAGGGUCUCCCUCCAUCGUGGAAUUUCACCUACUGCGCAACGCGACAAACUGCGAUUCACUGAAUAUGUUAUUAUUGCCUGUACCCAUUUUGUCUUUGAACUUUUCCGUAACACUCAAGAUACUGUAAACGUGAUUUUGACUUUGACGUGGACCCAAACUGCACAAGGUUGAACUUGUGACAUUUUCACCUCAGCUAAUUCUGCCAUUUUGUAUCUGGUAUACAUCAAAAUCAAUGCUCUGACAAAAUUCUAUAUAUUUUAGAUAUUUUGCUACGAUGGCCAUCAUGUUUGAUCCAUUAUUCAAGAUUAUUAUUUGUGGUCACAAUUAACAAAAAAGAAAUACAAAAUUAUCAUAAUAACAUAAAUUGGAUUUUUGCACCUACUUAAAAUUAAAAUGCGUGAAAAACUGAAGACUGAUUUCGCCUUUGCCUGAGCGCAGUCAUUCUCAAAAAGUAGUACGCAGGCUCCCUCUCGUGGUCAACCCAAGUAUAACAGGUUAUAUUUUUGUGGUGUUUAACUUUGAAGGUGUAGUUAGGUAUAAUUCUAUUCAACGUUUAUAUGGGAUACAUUUUAAUCUAUAUCGAAGCUCAGUGUGAAUGUUCAAACCAUGCAUGACGUUAGCGUGGCUCACAAUCAUAUUAAAACGUACUUUUUUGUUUGAUGAACACUUACGCUACUCCAUUUCAAUAUUGUAACUGUACAUUUUCAGAGCUCAGUAUUUGGUGUGUAAAGUUUGAGAGCCACUGAGGUACCUUGGCCAUUGUUUUUUUGGGUUGUCAUUCAAGAUAAAGUGCAUUUUUGAGCUCCGCCACGUUGUUUCGAGUAUUAGUCAAGGAUAAACUGCGUUCCUGUUCUUUGACAUGGCAGCACAAUCCCCUGACUUGAAGAUUUAAAAAAAAAAAAAUCUCUCUCUCUAUAUAUAUAUAUAUAUAUAUGUUGUAAAAUAGCAACUUGUUCAUAUCAUUCAAAAUACGUGGAUGUCUUGCCUGUCGUUUUCCAACGGGUAUUGCUAAACAUGGCCGCUUUAAGAUCCUGUUCUCUCAAAUUUGCUGAAAUCAGGGAGUGUGGGAUCCCACUCUUAUUUGGCAUGUGAAGUCAAAAUACGGCAAAUAGGUUGCCGGGCGAGUCAUCAUCAUCAUCAUCAUCAUCAUCCUGUUAACCAACGGGAGAUUGCAUUUUACUUCCUCUCCCGUGGAAAAAAAAAAAUCCACAGAUGACAGCCGCUUUCUCCUGGCAAAAUCAGAUUUUUUUUUUUUCCCAGUCCCGCUAUAAUCCCUCGUCACAAUCUGCAUCCUGUGUGUGCGUGCGUGCAUGCAUUCUCUGGAUUGGCACAUCCUCUCCUGAGCCGGUAGACAGCGAAGCAGCAGAGGCGGAGCGAGGGGCGGAGGGUGGCGGCGGCCGCGGGACACCCGCGCGGGGGAAAAGUCGGGACGGCGUUCCGACGAGCAUCCGUCAUGUCCUCGGCCAGCAGACGAGCGCCCGUCAGACGAGCUCGGCGGCGCCGGGGUCGCCCCGGCGUUGCUCUCAUCUGACCUUUCCCCCCCCCCCCCCCUCUCUCUUUCCUUUAUUUAUUUACUUGUACGUGGAUGGGAAGGUGCGGCAAAAUUAAAUAUGAAGAAAAGAAUGCGGCUUUGGUGGAUUUUAACGUUUGGAUUUUGGAGCGUGUGCGGCGAGCUGCCCUUCAUAGCGGAGAACAACGCGGCCAUGCUGGUCAACUGGAACGCCGUUGAUGGGAACAAAAAGCUGCACGCCAUCUACGAUACGAGCGUCAAAGAGCCUGGCAACAUGUCUUUUGUCAAAGACACGGUGGACAAACUUUUAAAGGGAUACGACAUUCGACUCAGGCCAGACUUUGGAGGUGCCCCUGUGGCUGUCGGCAUGAGCAUCGACGUGGCGAGCAUAGACAUGGUGUCCGAGGUCAAUAUGGACUACACGCUGACCAUGUACUUCCAGCAGUACUGGCGGGACAAGAGGCUGGCCUACUUGGGCAUCCCGCUCAACCUCACCCUGGACAACCGGGUGGCGGACCAGCUGUGGGUGCCCGACACCUACUUCCUCAACGACAAGAAGUCCUUCGUGCACGGCGUCACCGUGAAGAACCGCAUGAUCCGGCUGCACCCGGACGGCACCGUCCUCUACGGCCUCAGAAUCACGACGACGGCCGCCUGCAUGAUGGACCUGAGGCGAUACCCGCUGGACGAGCAGAACUGCACUCUGGAGAUUGAGAGCUGUCAGUUCACACACACGCACGACCUCAUUCGUCCCCCGUGCUCGCCGUUCAUGCGGAAGGAAUCACGCGCAAAAGCGUACGGCUACACGACGGACGACAUCGAGUUCUACUGGAAAGGAGGCCACACGGCCGUGACGGGCGUGACGCGCAUCGAGCUGCCGCAGUUCUCCAUCGUGGACUACAAGCUGGUCUCCAGGAACGUGGUCUUUUCCACAGGUGCCUACCCUCGCCUGUCUCUGAGCUUCAAGCUGAGGAGGAACAUCGGCUACUUCAUCCUGCAGACGUACAUGCCCUCCACCCUGAUCACCAUUCUGUCCUGGGUCUCCUUCUGGAUCAACUACGACGCCUCGGCCGCCAGAGUCGCUUUGGGCAUCACCACGGUGCUGACCAUGACCACCAUCAACACGCACCUGCGGGAGACGCUGCCCAAGAUCCCGUACGUGAAGGCCAUCGACGUGUACCUGAUGGGCUGCUUCGUUUUCGUCUUCUUGGCCCUGCUGGAGUACGCCUUCGUCAACUACAUCUUCUUCGGCCGGGGCCCGCGCAUGCAGAAGAAGCUGGCCGAGCGGGCGCGGAAGGCCGACGACGACCGCGCCGCUUUCCGCCGCCCCGAGGCCGACUCUCAGGGGAACAUCCUGCUGACCACCCUGGAGAUCCACAACGAGGUGGGCGGCCGCGCCGUCGCCGCCGCCGCCGCCGCCGCCCUCAGCAGCAGCAGCAGCAGCAGCUGCAGCAACACCAGCAGCAGCUUGUACGACGCCACGCGCAACUCCACCCCCGCCCCGCCGGACAACUCCUCGGGGGUCCAGUACAGACGGAGCGGCGGGCGGGUCGCUCGCCGGUCGCCGGGCCCGGACGGCCCGAGGAGCCGCCUGAGGAGGCGAUCAUCGCAGCUGAAGAUCAAAAUCCCCGACCUGACGGACGUGAACGCCAUCGACCGCUGGUCCCGCUUCAUCUUCCCUUUCUCCUUCUCCUUCUUCAACGUUGUCUACUGGCUCUACUACGUCAAUUAAUGUGUGUGUGUGUGUGUGCGUGUCUUGUUUGAACUCGGACACGGGUCACGAGGUCGUGGACACGCGGGCAAUGAUGUCACGCCGUCCGGUCGCUAUGAUGUGCCACGAUGGUACAGUGGAACCGCUAAGGUCGAACGCCGUUUUUAAGCCAUUUCUCCCAUUGGAAAUCGUGUGUGGCCCCGCAACCCGUCCAGGAUGUAUCCCACUUUCAUCGCCAAAAAUCAUCCAUCCAUCCAUUUUCUUUACCGCUUCUCCUCACGCGGGUCGCGGGCUGCUGGAGCCGGUCCCGGCUAUCUUCGGGCGUGAAGCGGGGUACGCCCUGAACCGGUCGCCGGCCAAUCGCAGGGCACGUCGAAACAAACAACCAUUCGCACUCACGUUCACACCUACGGGCAAUUUAGAGUCUUCAAUCAACCGAGCAUGCGUGUUUUUGGGAUGUGGGAGGAAAGCGGAGUGCCCGGAGAAAAGCCACGCGGGCACGGGGAGAACAUGCAAACUCCACACAGGCGCGACCGGGAUUUGAACCCCCGUCCCCAGAACUGUGAGGCAGAUGUGCUAACCAGUCGCUCAGCGUGCCAGUGCCAAAAAUCAUCUUAAUUUGAUUUGACUCUCAAAUUGUCCAACAGUGUCAAUGGUUGUUUGUCUAUACGUGUCCAGGGUGUAUCCCGCUUCGCACACCAAAAGUCAUCAUGGGUGAAUAAAACACUCCAAAGGGGCGAGUGUGAAUAGUCGCUCCUCUACAUUGCCUGGCGACCGGUCCGGGGUGUACCCCACUUUUCUCGCCCCCAAAUCAUCAAAUCAAAUUUAAUGAAAGACAAAAUUGUUCCAAAGGGGUGAGUGUGAAUGCUUGUUUGUGAAGAAGUGGCGACCGGUCCAGGGUGUACCCCGCUUCGCACACCAAGAGUCAUCUUAGGCUAAUGCUUGUGUGUGUGUUCGACAUGAGAGGUUCCGCUGCCUUAUCUGACGCUUAAGCUAGCGCAGAUGCUUAGCAAGAGUUAGCACGGACGCUAAGCUAAAUUUGGGUUCUCCGUUUUUUGUUGUUUUUUUGUUUUUUCCUGGCGUGACGCCAACUUGACCGAUGUGGACUUUUCAUUGCUUUCAUUUUGUGUUGAAUUUAUAAAAACACGCAGACAAAUCCCAGCUCGUGUGUGCGUGUUGUCUGGAGUGCGGACGCCGCCUGUCGCAACAUCGCGGGGCGGUCACGUGGCGCACGCUACCAGGGAAAAAAGUCGAGAAGCUGCGAGAAGGUUAGGAUUGGAAUGAAUUUUCGUUCAUGAGUUUUUUAGAGUCGGUUUGCUGGUUUUUAUAGAUGUUCUGUUUUGCAAAUGAGUUUAGUUUAGUAAGGCCGAGCGAUGAAGAAAACAGGCUAAAUGGCGAUGAAGAUUUUCGCCUUCUUCUUCGACUGUCGACCGAAAAGAAGAAUUGCUUCCAAAGAACACGGCACGCCGGCCGCAAUUUUCAUUUCAACAGGUAAGUCGAUUCGGAUACAACUAGUACAACCACUCCUACUUAUCUUACCACUAUGACUUAUUUUCUCACGAGUACAACUACUCCAACUUUGACUUCAUUUUCUUACUUUUACAAUUUUACUAUUUUACUAGUCUCUUAUUUGACUACUACUACUACUACUUUCACGACAACUACUUAUCUUACCAUUACCUUACUGCUACUCCAACAACUUGUACUUAUUUUACUACUACUUAUCCUAUUACAACAACUGCUUGUUUUACUGCUACUACUUACUACAAUCAAUUAUUGUACAACUAGUACAACUAUUAUUACUACUGAAGUUACUUUUAUUACCGGUACUGUUGCUACUUAUUGUACGAAUAGUACAAUUGCUACUUUUAAAAAAAAAUAUAUAUAUACUACUACUACUACUACUACACACACGCAUUGUAUAUAUAUAAUAUAAAAUAAUACAAAUAAAAUAGAAAACCAAAAAAAAUGACCCCUAUUAUUCCCCCUCCCGGAAGCUGUGGAGGGGUUUGUGUGUCCCAAUGAUCCGAGGAGCUAAGUCGUCUGGGGCUUUAUGCCCCCUGGCAGGGUCACCCAUGGCAAACGGGUCCAGUCAAAGCAGGGCUCAAAGACCCCUUUGAUGCCAAACAAUUCAGGAAGACGUUUUCCCUUGCCCGGACGCGGGUCGCCGGGGCUCGAAGUCGAAAGGGCAAGGUGUGUUCUCCUUCCCGUGGGCUCAGCACCCGUGGGAGGGGCCGCAGCGCGAGCCGGGCGGUGGCCGAAGGCGGGGACCUCGGCGAUCCGAUCCCCGGCGACAGAAGCUGGAAUGUCACCAAGGAGCCCGAGCUGGUGUGUGAGGUCGAGAAGUUCCCACUAGAACGGCUCCGACUACCGGAGACAAAUUCCUUGUGUGUUUCGGACAUACUUGGCAAAUAAAGAUGAUUGUGAUUCUGAUAUGGUCGGACGCACAGCUUGGGCUCCGGUACCGGUCCUCUCGAGAGGGGUACCGGUCCUCUCUCCCACUCUGGAGUUGCGCCGAGCAAGUGCGGGUAUACCUGUUGCCCCCCGGCUCGGCGCCCGGACGUCGGGGUUCGCCCCGGCGGACGAGAGGGUAGCCUCCCUGCGCCUUCGGGUGGGGGGACGGGUCCUGCCUGUUGUUUGUGCCUAUGCCGCAGAGAAGCCGGACUCUGCUCCUUCGUGCCAAGGCGUGUCGGUGGAGUUGAGGAGGUCUUCUGAAUCCUAAUCAAAUUAUAUUCUUUGAAAUAAAGAAUAAAAUAAGGAUCUAUAAUUGUAAUCCACAUUUUUAGAAGAAACAGCCAAGCAACCUCUUGAUGCAUUCAUUGAAAAUUGUGAAAAGUAAUCAAAAUGUAACCAAAUGUAAUUAGUUACAUAUUUUACUUUGAGCAAAUCAUUGAAAUAGUGAAGCUACUAUUUCAUUUCCAAUAGGGUGACUUGUAAUUGUAAGCAAGUCCAUUUCCAAAGUCGUCUUCCCGACACAGGCGAGCCGUCAUCCCGAAUUGUGUCCCUGGCGGCCCCUCGUCGUGGUACAUUUGUUUGCCGAGCUGA